UGAUUGUUCUUCGUUUUUGUUUAGCAGAGGUUGGACAAUGGUUCGAGCUGUUGAACAAGAACAAGAACAAGACAGUAAGAAGUCUAAUUUAAAGGGUGCCAAGGACAACAAAGACAGACAUGCCAAGAGCCUCAGCGUUGGUACUACUAAGCUUGAAGAGGCAGCUCUUGCAGGUGACCCCGAUGCCUUUGAGGAGGUUGUCGCUGCCUUCCGAGCCAGAGAACAACAGUUAUUACACGAUAUGGAGCAGAUGAAGGAAAAGUUUGCUAAAUUACUCCUGGGGGAGGACAUGUCAGGUGGAGGGACAGGAGUUUCAUCAGCUUUAGCACUCUCAAAUGCCAUUACAAACCUUGCGGCAUCUGUUUUUGGUGAACAAUCACGGUUAGAGCCUAUGUCGCCUGAAAGGAAAGCAAGGUGGAGAAAAGAAAUGGACUGGCUAUUGUCUAUAACCGAUCAUAUUGUUGAAUUAGUACCUUCUUACCAGAAGAACAAGGAUGGUUCCGACAUGGAGAUAAUGGUCACAAAGCAACGAAAAGAUCUGCUUAUGAACAUUCCUGCCCUCAAGACACUUGAUAGAAUGCUUAUUGAUUGUCUGGAUGCCUUCAAGGACCAAAAUGAAUUCUAUUACCUGUCGAAAGAUGCCCCGGACUCCGAACGAAAGAGAAAAGACGACAAAUGGUGGCUGCCUACCGUUAAAGUUCCCCCUGGCGGUUUGUCGGAAGCGGCGAGGAAAAAUCUGCAAGUUCAGAAGGAAUGUGUCACUCAGGUUCUUAAAGCAGCAAUGGCCAUCAAUGCUGAAUUCCUGUCAGAGAUGGACAUCCCUGAUAGCUACAUUGAAUCCCUCCCCAAGAAUGGGAGAGCUAGUCUAGGUGAUUCGAUCUAUAGGAGCAUCACAGAUGAAUUCUUCGAUCCGGAUCAAUUUCUUUCCACUAUCGACCUCUCAUCGGAUCACAAGAUCUUAGACCUCAAGAAUCGGAUCGAGGCAUCCAUUGUGAUUUGGAAGAGGAAAAUGCACCAAAAGGAUAGUAAAUCAUGGGGCUCUGGUGUUAGCAUUGAGAAAAGAGAAUUGUUUGAGGAAAGAGUUGAGAUCAUUUUACACCUUAUCAAACAUAGGUUCCCAGGACUGCCUCAAUCUUCACUAGACAUCAGCAAAAUUGAGUACAACAAGGAUGUAGGACUGGCCGUCCUAGAGAGCUAUUCAAGAAUACUGGAAAGCUUGGCACACACAGUAUUAUCCCGAAUCGAAGAUGUCAUCCAAGUCGAUUUCCUGGCACAAGGCCUGCCUGAAUCGAAGGAGAACCAGGCUGCAAUUCCAAAAGACGAAUCGGAGUGCACGAACGGGAUGACGCUGUCGGAUUUACUUACAUGGAGUACAGAUCAAAAUGGGAUUGAAGAAGUAGCAGAGGCACCGGAUCCGAAGAACGUACAAAAGCUGAACAUGCUGAUAAGCAAGAAGAUUUCUUAUCUUGAUAGCUUGAGUGGAACCAAAACUCCAACAUCACGCCAUUGAUGGAAUAGAAGAUUAAAAAAAAACUGGAAGAAGUUAGAGAGAUAGAUAGAGGGUGAUGGAUCAUGAAA